AUGCGUUUCACUCAGGCUAUCGCUACUGCGAUUCUCUCGUUCUCCAUGGCCUCGGCCCUACCUAUCGCACAAUCUGGAAGCAUCCUUGGAGACGUUGGCAGCGGAGUCCACCCUACUGUCAACUCCGCUGGUACCUCGGUUGACGGCGUCGGCACAGUUGUUGACGGUGUUGCUGGUGUUGUUGGAGGUGUCUCGACCACCCUUGGUGGCACCGGAUCUACCGUCAACGGCCUCGGUCAGCACGUCGAGAACUCCAAGCGUCAGAUCCUCGGUGGCGUCCACCCUACUGUCAACUCGGCUGGCACCACAGUCGAUGGUGUUGGAACUGUUGUCGACGGAGUAGCUGGCGUUGUCGGAGGCGUCUCUACUACCCUCGGCGGCACUGGAUCUACCGUCAACAGCCUCGGUCAGCACGUCGAGAACGCUAAGCGUCAGAUCCUCAGUGGUGUUAACCCGACCGUCAACUCGGCUGGCACCUCAGUCGAUGGAGUCGGCUCAGUUGUUGACGGCGUUGGCGGUAUUGUUGGUGGUGUUGGCCUCACUGUUGGUGGUGUCGGUUCUACUGUCAAUGGUGUCGGUCAGCACGCCGCCGGCGAGAACGUCCUCAAGCGUGAUGGCGUCCUCGGUGGUGUCCAGCCCAUUGUCAACUCAGCCGGUACCACCGUCGACGGUGCCGGAACUGUUGUUGACGGUGUCGCCGGCGUCGUUGGUGGUGUCGGUACCACUCUCGGCGGUGCCGGCCAUGUCGCUAACGGCCUUGGUGUGACUGGCACCGUUGGCUCUCUCGUUGCCGGUGUUGCACAGGGCGGCAUUCCCGCAGCUCUCAGCGACGUCGCCAAGGGUGUUACCAAGCGCUCUCCCAUCCUUGACAGCGAGAUCGGUUCCGGACUUGCAGGUGUCGGUGGCACAGUCGAUGGCCUCACCUCAGGUGGUCUUGUCGGCGGCGUCAGCAACGUUGUUGAUGGACUUACCAGCCCUCUCCUCGGCAACUUCGAGCGCGACCUCUCCACCGGUGUCAACUCUGUCGUCGAGAACGUUGAUGGCAUCGUUCGCCCUAUCACCGGCGACGUCCUCUAA